GUGAGUUCAUUCGUCAAUAUAUUCUUAUUUGGGAUUCAACUGCAAAGCCGCCAGGUGGAAAAGGAAGGAAAAAAUUCGUGAAAGCAAGGGAGACUGUUCCAGAUGCUAUGAAAGAAGUUGGUAUUGCUUCCGAUAAGGUAGAUUACCAUGGAAACUCUGCACCAACCUCAAAUCGGAAUAAACAUUUAAUAAAGCAAUGGUUAGAAGCUCAUGCCAUUGAAUUCGAUGCAA